UAGAUAAACAUGGAACUUUCUUCUCUUAUCACUCAGGAUUAUUCCAUAAGGAGGUUCAAAGACCAAUGAUGCGCAACGUGCAGUAAAUCCAUCAACCAAUCACAGUGCACGAUGGCGUCUUCUCAUCUGAAGGAGAAUCUGGAAUGUUCCGUCUGUCUAAACAUUUAUACGGAUCCUGUAACCCUGAAAUGUGGACACAACUUCUGCCGGGACUGUAUUGGUCGUGUGUUGGAUACACAGGGAGGAUCUGGAGGAUAUUCAUGUCCUGAAUGUAGAGAAAAAUUCAUGAAAUGUCCCGUCCUUCAGAAGAACAUUACUCUGUGUCCGAUAUCGGAGAACCUCCAGACUACACAGGGUGAUCGGGACAAAACCGGGAUCUCCUGUACUUACUGUUUUCACACUCCUGUACCUGCUGUCAUAUCCUGUCUGCAUUGUGAAGCUUCUCUGUGUGACGAUCACCUGAGAGUCCACAGCAAGUCACCCGAACACGUCUUAUGUGACGUCACCACUUCCCCCGAGAACAGGAGAUGCUCCGUCCAUAACAAGAUCCUGGCGUAUUACUGCACUGAGGACUCCUCCUGUAUCUGUAUGUCGUGCAGACUAGAUGGAGAACAUUGUGGCCACCAGGUGGAGACUCUGGAUGAGGCCUCCGAGAAGAAAAAGAAGAAACUGAGGAAUGUUCUGCAGAGACUGAUGACCGAGAGAGAGGAGAUGGAGAAACGAGUCCAGAGUCUGGAGGAGCACAGGAGGAAAGUACAAGGAAAAGCAGAUGAAACGGAGAGCGCCUCUGUCCUGUUCAGAGACCUCAGGAGACGUCUGGAAGACCUGAAGAGGAGAGUCCUGAGGGAGAUCUCCGGGCAGACAGAGUGGGUCUUUCUGUCAUUGUCUGAUAUAAUCCAGGAUCUGGAAACAAAGAAGGAGGAGCUGUCCAGGAAGAUGGGGGACAUUGAGGAGCUGUGUAACAUGACGGAUCCACUGACUGUCCUCCAGGAAUCGGACACAGGUGACUUGUGUGAUACGGAGGAUGGAGAUGACAGGGCGAGACGUGAUAAACUCUUCCAUGAUGGAUGGGAUCUGGAUGUGGCGGGGACUUCACACACAGGUUUAUCUGAUAUCAUGUCUGGGGUAAAUGUAGAGAAAUGUCCAGGCACGCAUAUCUGUCCACAUUCUACUACAAAGGGCAAAGGCCACACCAAUGCUGAACCAUCCAGGAAACGCCCCCCACCCACCCCCAUCUUGCAACCAUCCAGGAGAUGUCCCCAACCCUCCCCCACCAUACAACUCUCACACCACCAGGCUGGAGGACCAAAUAUUGGGGGUGUACAGCAAACUUUGGGGGUGUUGGGGGUUACAGACAUAUUCCUGGAUGAGAGGACAGCUGGUAAUUAUCUACAUAUAUCAGAUGACGGGAAAACUGCGUCCUGGUCAUCCAAUAGAAAGAAUCACCCAGGAACACCAAAGAGAUUUCGUUGUUCUCAGGUGAUAAGCGGUCAGAGGUUCUACUCAGGGAGACAUUACUGGGAAGUGGAUGUCGGGGGGGCAGUGUACUGGACAGUCGGGAUGUGUUACCCCAGUACAGACAGGGGAGGACGCCAGUCGCUGAUUGGAUACAAUAAGAAGUCUUGGGGGUUGGGGAGGGGGUGGGGUAAUCGGUACUCUGUGAUACAUGACAAUAAUGAGGUCCCAUUAACUGGCGAUGUCCCCAGUAACAGAGUCAGGAUAGAUCUGGAUUUCGAGGCCGGGCGGAUCUCCUUUUAUGAUCUGUGUGACCCGAUCCGACUCCUCCACACCUUCACCACCACCUUCACUGAGCCCCUCCAUGCUGCGAUAUAUAUAGGUGGAUUAGAAGGUUGUAUAAAGAUAUGUGGGGGGGAUCAGAUGUGAGAAAUCUGCCUAGAAACUGAUGACAUCACAGGGUGGAGAAUCUGAUUGGUGCAAUACUCGGCCUAUAGGAGGAAGCAGAGGACAAGAAACUAAAUGAGUGACUUAUGUAUAAAGCUGCAGGUUCCAGGGCCGUCAUCUUCAUCCUAAACCUCACUUCACUACCCAAUGUGUCACUGACCAGAAACAAGAAUGCAAGAGGGCACAGUGUUCAGACUUCACUGGCUGCAUGCUUGUUCUGGGUCAGUCACACACUAGGUAGUGUAUUAGGAUUGUGAGCUUGCACCUUUUUUUUUUUUUUUUUUUUUUUUAUAGUGUAUCUAGAGCCAAAAACACACACUUUAAUAUCCACAAUGACAAUUCCUACUUUUCUGUCCCCACCGGUUCCUUUACAUGACCAAUCCAUGGAUCUGUGAUUGCUCCUCCCCUCGCUGUGAUGGUUGUCGCUAUGAAUACAGCCAGUGCUAGUCCUAUUCCUAGGGGGUGGGGAUUGCGGACAUGUGGUGGGGGUUAUACAGUCUCCGGAAGUGGAAAUUCUUGGGUCUCUAUAUGGGAAUGUUGAUCAAUGAUUGGAUAUAGAUAGGAUGAUGGGAGGGAUUGGACGAUGACUACAAUCACCCUUAACCCCUUCAGUCCCGGGCACCUGUGUUAGGGUUGCCACCUCUUCCCUUUAAACCAGAACACAUAUUGGUUACACAUGUUCUGUGGCUGAUUUAAGUUGGUAAUUAAACUUGUAUCUGCAAUAAAUUGGCCCCAGAACCUGUGUAUUUCAUAUGUGUUCGGGUUUAAAGGGAAGAGGUGGCAACCCUAACACAUAUUUAUGAAGCCGAGCAAUUCCAUUUCCUCUAUGGCCUUAUUCACCUGAUCAAGAGAAAUAAUUCUCAUAUGAUUUCCUAAUGAUGAAAUGACAUGACCAAGUGCUUAUAUGCUAAUGUGAGGUUCUUUCUAUAAUAACAGGUUCUCUGUCUAGAAUGACUUUACAGAAAGAUGUUAUUAGAGGAAAUUGUUGUUCUCCGGAUCCUUGGAAGGUCUUGUUGGGGAACAUAGAGACAGUUGGUCUCCUUCUUCUACAAUGAGGGAUUUGGGAGUCUGGAGGAGGGACAAGCAGAUAAGGUGUUCAGAGAUAACAGAAAUGAAUGUCUCUUGUAAUGAAUGAUGUGCUGCUUGUACAAAUUCUUCAGUGAAUGAUUCCAUCUGUAAAAUGUUAAUGUUUGGGACGAUCCUCCAUGACAACUGUCCAGGAUCGGAGGGUAAAAGCCUCUCGUUGGAUGAAGAGGUCGGAUCCUUGGUCCUCCUGCCAUGUCUAAGGAUCUCCGAUCACCUUCAUCUCUAAUCUUUACUUUGUAACUCUUCUCUUCUAAAUAAACUUCCAGAACCUUCACCGAGA